GUUCAGCUGGAGAGCUGCCCCCAGGACCAGAUCUUUGGGACAAGCCUGGCCAGCAUCAAAGUCUCCCAGAGGUGGUUCCGGUGGUGGAUUCCCAGGAUCAGCCUCCAGAGCCCCCGGAGAUGGAUGAGAACUACAAAGACCUGCAGGCAGCCCUGGCUGAGCCUUCCUUCACUCCUGAAGAGGCUGAGCCUCCAGUCCAGGAGGAAGCCCCAGCUCCACCUUCAGCGCGCCCUCAGGGGACACUUCCACAUCCUGGGCAGGUUCCCAGUCAGUGUCCAAACCUGAUUCAGGUCACAGCUGCACCUGGGGACCUGGACGUUUCCGUACCUCAGCAGCCAGAGCCAUCUGAGACAGCUUUUCCAUCACUGACUCAGAAUUCAGUGGUGAACACCACUGCAAACAACAUAUGUGAGCUCCGUAGCUGCACAGAUGAGAUGCUGGCAUGCGUUGGUCUCAGCCCAGAGCAGAAGCUCCAGAGUGUGCCCAUGCCAGAGCCCAAGGCUCACAAUGGCACCUUCAUGAUCUUAAAUUUCCAAGGAAACUCUAUUUCUUACGUUGAAGAAAAUACAUGGAAGUCAUACACUUGGGUUGAGAAACUAAUUCUCAGUGACAAUCAGUUGAGUGAAUUACAUAAAGACUCAUUGGAAGGCCUGCUACCCCUCCAGUAUUUAGAUUUAUCCUGCAAUGAAAUACAAUCUAUUGAAAGACGUACAUUCGAAUCACUACCUUUUCUGCAGUUUAUAAAUCUUGGUUGCAAUCUAAUUACAGAACUGAGCUUUGGAACAUUUCAGGCCUGGCAUGGAAUGCAGUUCUUACACACAUUAAAUCUCAGUCAUAAUCCUCUGACAACUGUUGAAGAUUCUUAUUUUUUCAAAUUGAGAGCAUUAAAAUAUUUAGACAUGGGAAAAACCCAAGUGACACUUAAAACAGUUGAGAGCAUCGUCAUGAUGAGCCCCAAGUUAGAAAAACUGAUUUUACCUAUCCAUAUGACCUGCUGCCUCUGCCAAUUUAAAAAUAAUAUUGAGGUUUUCUGCAACACAGUCAAGCUGCAUUGUGACAGUGAAUGUCUGACAAACAUCGCAUAUUGUGGUGAGUUACCAUUAUCCGAUGAUGAAACAUCUGUAGGGAACCCAGAAGGGUCGUUCAUGAAGGCAUUACAAUCCCGGAAGCAGAGUAGCAGCCCUGAGCUGACUAUCGAGCCAGAGAAGGUGGCCACAGACAAAAAUGCCAUCAGUUUGUCAGCCUUCAAAAAUGAGCAAGGAGACUUUAACAAGGAAAGUGUUGUUAGUGCACUGAACAACAUAUUACCUUAUUUCUCUGACAAAUAUCUGGAAGGUGCAGAAUCAGCACUAUUACAAUUCAUUAAACAACUUGUUUCAAACCUACAAGGAGGAGAUGAGCCUGUGGGGCACUUGCAAAACAACGCAGAGAACACUUCUCUUCCACCUGGAUCCAGCAUUUCGGCUGACAAAAAUAAACAGAAAAUAAUCUCUGUUCUGGGAGAUAUCAUAGAUGGCAUGCCUCUACAUUCCAAACUUCUGAAUCCCAGAUUUCAGCCCCAAAUCUCCACCAAAACAUUGGAAACUGCCCAAUUACAAGAAAAGAACCCACCAGAGAUUCAGAGUGUAGGGAGGAGGCCGGGGCCUUUGAAGGUGGUCAUCAAGGGCCCAAAGGGCAUUCAGAAGAGGCGACGCAGACAAAUGAGGAAGGCUGGCAUCAAUGGGAAGCAGAGGGCCCAGCUCCUUGUGGAGAGCAUGGCCGAAGAAAAAGGCCUCACGACCCCAUCCCCAAGGGCACCAGAGCAGCCUCACGUGGAGCAGCCCCCCAGGGAGACCACAGAAAGCUCCUUCAACACAGAUUCUUCAUUCAAAAGGGAACAGGAGGCAGCCGUCCCUUCUGUCCAGUACUUGAUGGGCAGGCCUUCUGCUUCCAAUACUCCAAAAUCUCUACCUGAGAUUAAACCAAAAUCCAAAGACCUAGCUGACAGUAUUUUUGUUUUAGAAGCUGCAAGUGCUGGAAUGAGAAAUAUGAAGGCUUCUGAACCAACCUCACACUUCAGAGAAAAGUACCUCUUUCCUGAAUCUUUGCGGCAUGCGGGUCACAAAACACUCAAGGCCAAAAUGAGUAGACAGUUCAGCAAUAAAGGUUCACACAAUAGUCCGAUGGUUGUGAACAAGCCUCCAUUCACUGCAAUGAGCCUUAUAAACUCCCCUUCACAAGAGGCUUUUUCAUCGUCAGAACUGACUUUUCAGAAAAAUCAUUUUCCAGAUUUAUUUUCUCUUUUGGAUCCAAGUCUCAAACUGACCACGGAAACACAACAAGAACACGUCAAUGUGGGCACUGACUUACUCUCCACAUCCACAGCCUUCCCUUUCCCAGGGAGCUCAUCUCCAGGUGACCACCCGGGAGCUCAGCUAAACGAGCAGCUGCGGUCCCUCAUCACCAACAGUGAUGUGAGAAGGCUCAUUUCUCGUGUUUUCUGGACUUUAAAAAUGGGCUGCUCGGAGACCCACCUGAAACCAGCCUGUGCCAAGCUCAUCUCCCAAACCGGCCUCCUGAUGAAGCUUCUCAGCGAGCAGCAAGAAGCAAAGGAGCCCAGGGCAGACUGGGAUACAGACCAGAGGGAAACAGAAAACUACAUCCACGAGAGUCCAGAAGCCCAGAGUGAACAGAAAGAGCAGGAGUUCCAGGAGUUCCCAAAAGCUCUGGUGCAUGGGUAUCGAAUCAAAGUCAUCUUGGCAUUGUCAGUGACAGGAGCAGUGCUGGUGUUGAUUACAGCUUUCUGCCUCAUUAAGAUGUGCUCCCGUAGAAGGGCAGCGCUGGAUGAAGAAGGAAGCUCAGGGAGCUUCUUUCCACUUCCGGAUAAACCCUCAGAAGAGCGUAAGAAUCAGAAGGCCUUUUCCUGGAGAAGGCGGCUUUGGCUCAGGAAUUUGUACAGAACCGUCAGUCCCUCACAUGAGAAAAACCUGGCGCAGAAUCUACUUGAGAAGGAUGGAGGGGAGCUCAGUGAAGUCCUAAUAGAGAAGAAUGUGACUUCAGGUUCGGGUGACAAAGGGAAGGGAGCGAAGCGCAAGAUACCGGCACAGAGGGAGCCCCAGCCUGCCCCGGGCCACCUACAAUAAAAUGUGUAAUUCUCUCUCCUUGAAAUGUGUAAGCUCAUAACCAAUCCUGGCCAUCUGGUAAGGAAUUAAAGUAUAAAUUGUUAAAUACUUACAUGCAAAUAACAAGUGCCAUAGGUAUGAAAAGCAGGGCUGAGGCCAGAAUCCCUCGCGGCAGCCACUCCUUCCACAGAGGUAAUGCAGGCAAAGAAGGACAAAUGAGGUGUCCCUCCCUCAUACCUCCAAUAUCAUCAGUCCCUGGAAACUGGGAAACAUCAUCCUUGAGGAGUGUAGCUUAUUAAUUCAAGUAAGUUUCUUCUGGGGCUCUCUCUCCCCUGGUUGUCAAGUACCAGUUCUUUACAACCUCCUGACCUCCGGCCCACAGAGGAUCGCCCACUGCUGGCCCCUCUCACAGGGUCUUUUGGAGGCCAACAUGCAGCCUGUACAUCUGCUGCCAGAGAGGAGGAAAGAACGGCUUCCACCUCUUCUACCCUCUGGAUUUCACACAGGUAAAUUUUAUUGGCUGAACCCUGCUGUCAAGGGCAUCUGUGAAAUGUUCCUGGGCUUCCAGCACCUGCAGAGAAGGCAGUAGAGAUUGGUGUCCAGAGCCAACCAGUGCCACUCAGCAUCCUCCAUAUUACAGGCAUGGUGAGAGGUCCCGUCUGUACUCGGAGGGUUCAUUGCAUCCUCUUUUUUUUGUAGGCUUAAUGAGUGUUCCAGUCUUUGUAAAAGUCAGAAACCUGAAAGGUGUCAUUCUAGCUGGAAAAGAGAUGAAGUGCUGGAUGCUGGUGACAUGCACUUAUCCCUGAGGUGACUGGAGAAGCACUUGGAGUUUGUGAAAAAUAAACUUUUUUCAGGAGUUAUCCUGUAAGAUAAUAACUAAAAUAAAAUAAGUAAAAAGCUAAUAACAGACACCUUCCCUUGUCAGAAACAAACAAAUCAGAGACUAUUUUAUGCUGUUGGGACAAAUUUCAAUCAGUAUUAUACUAUUACAAUGGUAUGGGAGAAAGAGUCCAUCAUGAAUUGAACUCAAGUGGGAUUUGCACAGAGGUGAUAUUUUAAAAGGGACUGAGAGCACAGGCCAAGGUUGAACUGAGAAGAGGGCACAGAGCAGCCAGGCUAGACUCUGUUCAAGGAGAGCAUGUCACCUUCCAAACCCACAGGCCCACUACAGCCUAACACAUCUUUUUCAUACCUCAAAGGUUCCUACUGCCCACAGAUAAUUCACUUCAGAGGUAUAUACUUUUUGAAAAAUGAUUUUCUGGGUUCCUGGGAAAAGAAGAGCCCUGUGGCACGGUUUACAAGGAGUAUGAGUGUGUAUACAAGUAUUUACAGGGUGUGUACCUCCUCACUCCUGAUGGGACUGUUUCUUCUGGCCCCUCAGUGGUACCUCCUGGCCAGAGAAGGCCAGUGG